AAUCCGGUUGCGGACGGGUGAGUGUCGGGAGAUCGCAGCCAAUCGGUGGAUCGUCUCCGGGAGGAAGGCGGAUCUGGACGAUGAUCGGCGUCCCGAUCCGCCAGCGAUAGUAAACAGUGCGGACGGCGUCAGCCAAUCGCGGCGGCAUCUCCUGCAUUUGUCCCGCCCCCAGGAUGUGACGCAAUGAGUGGCUGUAGCCUGUGCUGUGGCGGGCGGUGGAUUUGAGUUUUCUGCCGGCGAGAGAGCCGAAGGAACUUUAAUUUAUAAAUGGAUGCAGCAGCUGGAGAAUUAAAACAGGCUUUACCAUCUUUUGACUCCAUGAAAAUACAUGUGGAAGUCUGUGUGAAACAGAACAGUACUGCGAAGCAGGAAGAUGUGCGGCUGUGUGUAUUGCAACUACUGAGCAGACACCAAGUGGUAUUUGGAGAUUAUGUCUGGAUGGAAUUUGAUGAUGAUUUUCUAACGAAGCAUGUAAACUCUGUAUGCAUCGUGGACACGGAUCUUACGUUUAAGGACAGACAGCCUAUUGACCUGACAAAGUCCAACAUUUCAAUUUAUAUAUUUCGUCUAAAUGAGGAAGGUCCAUCCUCUGAUGCUUUGGAGGGAGAAGAGGAGAACAUGCCAGCCUCUAAUAACUGGCUUCUACCUGCCGGUGAGUUCCAUGGACUUUGGGAGAGCCUGAUAUAUGAUAGUGAGGUUAAAUCACAAUUACUUGACUACGUCUCAACUACUUUACUGUUUUCUGACAGAAGUGUUGAUAGCAAUUUGAUUACCUGGAAUCGAGUGGUACUACUUCAUGGUCCCCCAGGAACUGGUAAAACAUCUUUAUGUAAAGCACUGGCACAAAAACUUACCAUUCGAUUUUCUCACCGGUACCGAUAUGGGCAGCUGGUAGAAAUCAACAGCCAUAGUCUCUUCUCCAAAUGGUUUUCUGAGAGUGGCAAACUUGUUACAAAGAUGUUUCAAACCAUUCGGGAUCUAAUUAUGGACACGGAAUCUCUGAUAUUUGUUUUAAUUGAUGAGGUUGAAAGUUUGACAGCAGCUAGGAAUGCUUCGAAGUCUGGCACAGAGCCUUCUGAUGCCAUUCGAGUAGUUAAUGCUGUGUUAACACAAAUCGACCAGAUCAAAAGAUUUCCUAAUGUUAUAAUUCUGACUACAUCAAACAUCACAGAAAAAAUAGAUUUGGCUUUUGUGGACAGAGCAGAUAUCAAGCAGUAUAUUGGGCCACCGUCUGCUACAGCUAUUUUUAAGAUCUAUCUCUCUUGUCUGGAGGAACUAAUGAAGUGCCAGAUCAUCUACCCUAGACAGCAACUGUUGACCCUGAGAGAAUUGCAGAUGAUCAGCUUCUUAGAAAAUGAUGUGUCUAGGUUAAGUUUAGCACUUAAGAAUAUUGCUGCGAAAAGUGAAGGACUGAGUGGACGAGUUUUGCGAAAGCUACCUUUCCUAGCUCAUGCACUGUACAUUCAGUCAUCAUCUGUAACAGUAGAGAAAUUUUUAGAAGCACUCUCCAUGGCAGUGGACAGACAGUUUGAAGAACGAAAGAAACUAAGCUCUUUUGAUGGCAAGAUAUAAUAUCAUCAACCAAUUGUCAAAACAGGUGAAAUCCUAUAUACUUAAUAUUGACCUCCACAAACUGUGUAGUAUUUUGACAUGAGGCAUGACAAUGGCGGUGGUUGAUACUUUGGACUUUGUUUCUUUCCAAAUUGGUAAGCAUUUGUUUCUCCUAAGUUACCGAGAUCGAGAUCCAUUACAAGUACCAAGCUAAUAACCAAAGCAUUCUAGAAACCAUUGUUUUGUCUGUCAUGCUUGACAAAAUUAAACAGAAUUUACAGCAAGGAGACUGAUUAUUCAAUCUGAAUAAACUAUGCCAGUAAUUGUUCCACAUGAACCUCCUUCCUUAUACUUUAUCUAAACCCAUUAGUGUGUGCUCCUAUUCCUUUCUGCAUCUUGUAUUCCUGUAGCUUUCUUUAAAUGAAUCUGUCGGUUUCAAUCUUUAAAGACCAGUUGUUUCACUGAAAGUAAAAGAGACAAUUGACUACAUACCCUGGAGCUGUUUUGCUUCUCACAUACCCAAUUCAAAUUAAAGUUAGUCAAAAAAUUUUUAAAAAUUCUUGUUACUUGCAUACAAUGGCAAUGCAAUAGGUAUGUUUAUGCAACAUCUCUGUCCUUGUGGCAAGAUCUGGUUCUGCUUGUAACAACUGGGUGGAAGAAUAUCAGUAUAAAUAAAAAUACCAUUCUACAAUAAGAACAAAUUGAAACAAGUUCAGUUGAUUUCUUUCUUUCAGGGAGCAAAACCAUCUUGAACAGUCAUUUUAAAAUUGGUGCUUUACAUUAGAUCACCAUCAAUAUAUGAUAAAUUUGUCCUAUGUGAUGGACCAACACCUGUAGCUCCACCUCUUAGAAAUUAUUUGUUAAUAACACAUGGAAUUAUUUAUUGAAAAUCACAGCUGACUUAGCAAUGCUGAAACUAGAUUUUUGGAAAUAUUUUACAAAAUAUUGGAGUGUAGAUUUUUGUAGUUUGUUUCUGUACAAUACAUACUAUAUGGCCCAAAUGGUCUAUGUUGGUGCUUAUAGUCUACACUAGGGAUCUUCAACUGCCUAUUUAACCCCAUCUAUCCUUUUCUCCCUCUAGCUUCUCCUGAAAUAUAUAUCUGUACUAUUCAUCUCAGUUACUCUUUACAGUGUGGAGUUCCAUUCUCUAACUGCAGUGUGGACAAAGAAAUUUCUCAUUAAUUCCCAGUUGAAUUGUCUGACCCCACAAAGAGUAAAAUUCUUUAGUCUUUGGCUUGAUCUUUGUGAUAGCUUUACUGUGUCAAACUAAUACUUUCGAAUAACAUUAAACUGUGAACUGCACUGUCAUGUUCACACCAAUACAAAAAAAGUCCAGUAAAAUUCUUGUCUUUUGAUGCUUUCAAGCACUCGACACUGAAUUGUGAAAUGUUCCAUUGUUUUAAGUCACCAAUUACCUUGUAAUUGUGGCACUUUAAAUGAAUUGGAAAAAUGGCAUUUGACAGGCUGUUUUUAAAUCUAGCUGUGUUCACUAAAAUCCAUUAUAUUUGUGCUAUUGAAAAAAAAUCUAGAUUUUGUACAGGAUUUUGACCAAAAUUGUUAAUUUUGGGGACAAGCUGGGGAUAUGUUUACACAACUUUGAAUAACUUAAAAAGGGAAUGAUGUAAAGUUUUAUGACCAAGUUGACAUGAAUUUGGUGAAUCCUUCCCUUAAUGACUUUAUGUAGACCUAAAAAUUAGUAAGCUUUAUGAAAUAGUGAUAAGUUGAAGCCCAAACAAGUAAGCCCAACACAGUUUAAUAUUAUAUAAAAGUUUAAGCAAGGCUGUCACAAUCUUUGUACUAUACAAAUGUAGUUUAGGCUACAGAUCACUAUUUUAUUUCCAACAUUGUAGGUUAAUGCAAUUAUACUUUACUAAUGAUUGAAGAGGCAACAGAAAAGAGUUCACUUUUUCAAAACUUUGUUUACGUGCCAUACUUGCUGAUUGUUGUCAAAAGUAGCAGUUUUUCUAAAGUGAUUCAGCUGGAUUUUGUAAUGGACAAAUGUUGAACUAUUGCAUUUUGUUCAGUUAGCUUGCACUGGUAACAUCCUAUUUAAUAUAAAUAUGAUUGGAAAUGAUAAAGUUAAGUGAACUGUCAACCUUUUAUGACCAUAAUAUGUUCGGGACUUGGAUAAAUUUUGUUAAUUUCAAGUUUAAACUGAUUUUAUGAUGUUUUAAAGGUUGAAAAAUAUUUUACAACAUUAAUUUCCUACCUCCAUAACACAACAAUAGUUUAACAAGUUAACUUGUCAUUUUCUGGCAAUGUUAUGGAAAUUAACCUCCAUCUAGAGAAUGUCUUUCAUUUCAUUAGCACACUCAAAAUAUUAAGUGAUAUCUUCACUAAAUGUUGACUGGUGUUGAGGAAAGGAUUUGCAUGUUUCUACUGGUAAUUGUGUGCUUUCCAGUUUAUUGUUUUUGACCUGUUUGAUAAUCUGAAGUAAUUAAAAAGAGAUUAUAACAAAAAAAUGCAGGUGCCCGUAUUUAGUUUUGGUGUUUCUUUUCAGUAUGACUGAAGAAUCUUCUCAAUGAAAGAUUUUCUGUUUGUUCAUAAUCUAAUUCAUUACACUGCUGCUUAGUCACAUAGAAAAAAAUGAGAACACCUUUGGAUGAAAUCAUCCAAUUGCACAUUUUAUCUUUUCCAAAAAUUCUUCUCUGUAAAAUACCAAAUGUUUUGUAUUUUAAAAAGCUUUUGAAAUAAACAUUUUCAAAACUUAGUGUGGGUGUUUUCAUUGGUAACUGACUUGAAAGGUACAUCAAAGUUGUUAGACAGUACAACAUGAUCUUGUAAUUUCUUCACCUUUUUCUGUUGCCUGUACAACUUGUACACCAGCCCUAAAAUCAGAAAUACUUCAAUAAGUAAGGCAGAAAAACUAACAUAGAAUGCAG